UUUUUUUUUUUUUUUUUUUUCAACUUCAGCUUGCCUUACUUCUGGAUAUCAGCAGAGCACCUAAAGUAGCAGAUUGACAGACCCUCAAAAUGACACUUUCUUUGAGAGAGAAGCUAAAAGAAUACUUAGCAGAACGGCGAAUUCGUAAAAACCGCCUGGUGACAAAAGAUGGCCGCUGCAACAUUGAGUAUGGCAACAUAAUGCACCGCAACCGCUUUGCCUACAUCCUGGACAUAUGGACCACCUUUGUAGAAACUAGAUGGCGGUUUGUCAUCCUGUAUUUUGUGGCUUCAUUCACUCUCAGCUGGUUCAUCUUCGGUCUCGUUUGGUACUGGAUUGCCAGAGAUAAUGGCGACCUUACAUGGCAGAAUCCUCCAGUCGAUCACGUACCAUGUGUAAUAAAUGUCCAAGGCUUGACCGCGGCCUUCCUCUACUCAUUAGAGACCCAGACCACCGUCGGAUAUGGUUACCGAGCCAUCACCCCACUCUGUGCUGGAGCUGUUGCCCUCAUUGUAAUUCAGUGUCUUAUCGGUGCCAUCAUCAACUGCUUCUGGUGUGGAGUGAUAAUGACAAAGAUUUCCCUACCCAAAAAGAGAGCCAAAACCAUAACUUUCAGCGAUUCCGCAGUUAUCUGCCCGAAGAAGGGCACCCUCUGCCUUCAGAUUCGUGUGGCCAACCUGCGCAAGACCCUGAUGAUUGGCAGUCAAAUUUACGGCAAGCUGCUGAGAACAACAGUCGCUCCUGAGGGUGAGACAGUCAUCAUGGACCAGAUCAGCAUUGACUUCAUGGUGGAUGCCGGCAAGGACAACUUGUUCUUUGUGUGCCCAUUAACCCUAUACCAUGUAAUUGAUAGAACAAGUCCAUUCUUUGAAAUGGCAGUUGACACUCUGCAUCAGCAAGAGUUUGAGCUUGUGGUAUUCCUGGAUGGAGUAGCUGAGUCCACCAGCUCCUCCUGCCAGGUCCGGACUUCCUACAUCCCUCAGGAGAUCACGUGGGGUUACGACUUCCUCCCUAUCAUCUCCCGCGGCAAAGAGGGGAAAUACCGUGUGGACUUUUCCAACUUUUCCAAAGUGGUGGCUGUGCCAACCGCUCAUUGUGCCUACUGUUACCACAACGAGCCAGGGCAUCAUCACCACUCGAUAACUGGCAUCGAAAACCAGGGAUUUGAGGUGAUUGACAUUUAAUUACCCAGUAGUACCAAAAUGUAGUACUGGUUAUCAGAAUCUAGCUUUUGGAAUGACAUUUAUCUGUAUGAUGUCACCAUCUUACACUACAGUAUAUCAAGUACUGGACACUGACAGGCUCUGGUGCUUUAUGCUAACUGCAAAUGCAAGCAGGGGCGAGCAGACUUUAGAAGUAGACUGUAGACGGAGUGGCAAAUUGAAACUGCUGCAAAGCCAACAUGUAUUUAAUUCUGUUUUGAAGAACAUGCAUUAAACUGUGAUCAUUGCCAGAAAGUUUGACAACCUAACAUGAGUUUCAUGUCUCACUCCUCAAAUGCACAGCUAGACAACCAUUUUAACUUUAAGAAAGCAAAAUAUAUAUUCCUGUUCCUUUGUCCCCACAAUAUUAGAAAGACAAAAGUGUGAAUUGUCAUUGAUUUGAAGGUGAAAGUAGGGCUUCUGUGACGGGGUCAUUGCCUUGAGAGUGGGAAUAUGAACUGAAGGUUCAUUAAUAUGAGGGUGGUUUGUAUUAUCUGAAGCUAUCAAUUAAAAUAUCAAUGUGCCAGCAAAAGUCUGUACUUCUGCAGAUGUUUAAUGCUCUGAAUCAAAUGGGAAUGGUGUAUUUUUUUGUAAGUGAG